AGUGUUCACAAGAGUAAAAGUAAACUUACUUCCCAGUUGUUUAGCCAUAAAUAUAUGAAUUUAUCGUUUUAAUUAAAAGGUAUCUAGUAGAUAUUAUAUUUGCAUAUGAACUUUAUCUUCUUAAUCUGUUUACAUUACACUUGAUUUUCUUAAUGCUUUAUUUAUGACUAUUUCUCUCUAAUAUUAAUAUGAAAAGUUUGGUUUCUAUUCUAUACAGUCAAAUAUUUAUUUUAUUUAAAAAAUGAAUUGCUCGUUAUUUUUAAGCCAGGUGCAAAUUUUAAUGCACGCUCAACAAAUAAAACUAAAUGAAGCAGAUCCAAAUGAUGAUAAAAAUAUGUACAACUGGCUAAGAAAUAAAAAAUACGAUUUAACUUGGAUUUCUUUGAGGCACGAAUUUCUAAUAAGACAAGCCCUUACAAAGAUAUCCUCAGAUCAACAGACUGCAGUUAUUAAAGAACUAGUAAAUUACACUGAAAGUAAUGAGAAUUUAGAUCCAUCAAGGAUUCCAGAAAUAUGCUUAGACAUAUUAAACAAGACCAUCACUUCUGAGAUAGUGCAAACAGAAAGCUUAAGACGUGCCAGCACAUUCAGAAGAAGUAUCCGGAUGUCUAUAAGAUCCAAUAGAGUCUCUCCAAGUACUUUAAUGAUGCGUACUGAUCAAAACAACGAGAAGAAAUCGGUAACAUUUUGUGAAAAUCCUAAAAUUUAUUCUAUAUACAACUAAAAAGGGGGAAAACGUUCACACCAAUCUAAAAUCUCUAAUUUUCUUUAAGUAUUUACAAGGCAGUCUGUUUUUCACAAUUAUUCUGUUCAUAAAAGAACACUAAAUUAAAAUUAAAAUAUAGUUUCUGAAUCAAGAUUCAAAAUAGUUGGAAACCACACAAAUGAAUCGCCAAAUUAAAAUACACCUGUGACAGAGAAAAGCUCUACUUUUUAAAUUAAAUUGAAACGUAUAAUUUCCUUUACUAAAACAGAGUUAAAAAGAUAAUUUGAAAAAUGACUUCCUAAAGUUCUUCUUUACACAAAAGUGAAUCUUAUUGUUAGUAAAAGUUGUAGAUAUAAACUAUGACUUUAUAUUGUAAUCAAGUGUCUUGUAGCCUUUAUGUAUUAUUAAUCAACUAAUUUCUAAAAUAAAAGGCACAUUUCCAACACACAAAUUAUUUAUUCCUGUACAAAUAUUCCAUACUAUUUGUAAUAGUAAAUUCUGGAAUGUUUAAACAAUUGCUUUCAUAUCACUGUACAAAUUAUAAUAAAAACGUGUGCUUCAUUUUAA